CAGGAGGGAGGGGGUCGGCUGGCUGAGUCACAGAGAAAGAGAGAGAGCACUGAGGGGAUAUAUAAGGCAAGCGAGACUUGUAAGCAGUCACAUUACACUUGCAACAAGUGACUGACUCUCAGGCAAGAACAUAGUGUAAGCACCAGACUGAGCCAAGCACUUAUUUGCAGCAGUGCCAGCCAUAGAACUAAUUGAGAGACGAAUACUCUCCUUUCCAGCACAGGCACCAACUAGAAAAAAAAGCGCGGGAAGUUGACGGCUGCUGCAGGUGUGAGGGCGUUGGAGCAGGGCAGCAGCAGCAGUAAGUAGAGACACAAACCUAUAUUACAGGAGGCGCACCAAAAGAUGGCGCAGUUGCGAGGAGCUGCUAUGUGCACAACUUUGCUGCUGGUCUCUCACCUGCUCGGUGAGAUGAGAGCCCAGAGAAACCAGGGAGCCGCCGGGGACUACGGAGUAAAGUUGUGCGGUCGGGAGUUUAUCCGGGCUGUGAUAUUCACUUGCGGGGGAUCCCGAUGGAAGAGACUGUCCGUGGCAAAGGAGGAGAGUGGGGAGAGGAGACGGGAUGUUCCACUGCACUGGAGUGGGGGAGCAGACACUUUACAGGACUCGCCAAACGAAGAAAUGAAUCAACUCAAGUUACUGUCAUUGUCAGGAUCUCAAGCGGAACAGCUUCAGAAUGCUGACUUUCCUUUGCAGGCACUGAAGGAUUCUUUGAAUGCGUAUGACAACUACCAUGAUUAUUUACCUGUAACUGAUGACUUUAGUGAAUAUGUUAGACAAGUGGAAGAAGCUAUUGGAAAAGCUCCUGGAGCCUCAGAGAUUCAGGCUCGCUCAGAAUCAGAUGCAUACCCUUGGAUCAAAGUCCCUAGACGAAGGAGGGAAAUGAACAUUGGAGUGGCGGGCAUAUGCUGUAAAUGGGGUUGCACCAAAGCAGAAAUCAGCACCUUAUGCUAAAGUGAAAAUCAGAAUAAAAAUAAUAAUGCACUUCUGUCUCUUGUCUACAGUAUUCACAGACUCCAUUCCAUUAAUAUGGAUUAUCCAAAUGAGUAUUUUACAUAGAGUGGUAAAAGAAGACACUGGGUCGGUUAUGAUUUGUAUUUUUAUGAAAGCCAUCACAGGGCUUAGUUGUUAAUGUUUAGCUUUCAUUGUCAAUAAAAGUAUUUGUUGAUGCUCUAA